AUGAAUGAAUUGGAGAAUGAAUUUUUGACUUAAUGCAAUAUAGAGAGUUCAGCAUUUUCUCAUUCUUAUGUAUAAAUAAAUAGUAAUCUUAAAGAUUGAGUAGAUAUAUAAUGAAUUGCAUUUCAAUAAUAAUUGCAAAAGAGAUUAGAUUGCUAGAUUGAGAAAAGAGAAAAUCCAAAAUGAAAUGAAAUAGGAGAAUCAACUAUUGCAUGUUGAAGAGAUUGAGAAAGCAUUAGAAUAAAAAUAGUAUUUGGAGAUAGAUUUGGAUAGAACUCUCUAUUCUAUUGUAUGGUAAUUAUAAUAUAAUUAGUUAUUGAGAUAGAAGUAUAUUAAUGAUUUGGAAGAGCAACUAAGAUUAAUUAAUAGCUUUUAUUAAGAAUUACCUGUAGAAUAUAGAGAAAGUUUAUAGACAAAGAAAUUAAGUUACUUAAGUUAUAGUAAAUAUAAAUAAAGUUACGAUGAAUAUAUAAAGCAAUUAGAAAAUAAGAAAGUUGAAGUAUUAGAUAAUUUGGAAAAAGCUAAAAGUGAGACUCAAUAGACUUAACAAAAUUAUUAUAGUUUAUUGUAAAAAAUAAAAGUAUUUGAUAAAAUUUUAUAAGUAAGCUUAAUAAACAUUAGCUGAAUAAGAAAAAAUUAUACAACAAUUGAACGAUUAGAAUGAAACCAACAUUUUUAAGUUACAUGAAUAAAGAAAGGUAGUCAUAGAUUUGCAAGUUUUAUAAAAAUUAGAAAGGUAUAAAAUUAUGCGAUAAUUUUAAAAGAAUGUAUUUAACCUAUGAAGAAGUGAUAAAUGAAGAUUUUGUGAGUGAAGAUAUCAAUAAAUUAGAUUGUAAUAAAGAAAUAUCUGAUUUCAUGCAUACUCAUCCAUUUGGAGUUUCAUUCUUAGUUGAAAAUCUAAUACAAUAAUAUAGAAAAUAUUAAGUUCAAAUAGAUAGUGAAUCUUCGAUAGGUUUAGGAUUGAUGGAAGAAAAAUAAGAGUUAUAGUAAGAACUUAAAGAAUUAAAAGAAUUAUGCGAAAGAUUUUAUAUUUAUAAUGAUGAUGAAGAAUCUGAAUAAAAAUUUUAAGAUAUUUAAAAAUUAAUGGGAUUCUUAACGAUGAAGUAAUCCCAAAAUAACUUUAAAUAAAAUUUAUUGCAUAAAGCAGAAUCAUUUAUUAUUAAAGUUUUCGGAAAUCUUUUCAAUGCAAUCAAAAGGUUUAUAUAUUCAUUUUAUUUCAAGGUUUAAUGAUAUCUUUCAGGCUAUACAUUAAAAGAGAAUGGCUAUUGAUUUAAAAUCUUCUUAAAUUGAUAGCAAAAUUAAGAACUUUUGUGCUAACACAUAUAUUGGACAUUAUUCCCUUUCCUUACAUUAGUUCAUAAGUAAUCCUCUUUCUUCAACCUAACCAGAUCUAUAUCAUUAAAUUUAAAAUGUAUUCAUAUAUUUCAACUUAGAGUAUCAUCUUAAAAUUAUAUGUAAAUGAAGAUUCUCUAAAUCAGUAUUUAUAAACUGGAUCUACUUUUAUCAAAUUAUAUUUAAAAGCAUCAGACUACUAUUCUAAUUAAAUUCAUACAAUAAUUGAAUUAAUACAUUCGAUAACAUAAAUUCCAAAAAGAUCCAAAUUCUCGUAUAAUGAUUCACCAUUAUUGUAACAAAACUACAAAAGUAAAUUAAGUAUUGAGUUGUCUUAAAAAAAAAUCUAAUUAAGAACUGAUACUGAAUCAAGAGCUUAAGUUUAAGUUAAUUUUAAAACAAAAAUAACCAAACGGAAUUCUUUUACAAGUACUAUUGGAAGUUCAAGAAGAAUUCAAUAAGAUAUUAAUGAAGAUAACUAUUUAGAAUCUGAAAGAUAAAAAAUAAUUAAUCCAAAAAAUAAUAUAUCAAAUUUUAUUAAAAUUCCAUCUGAAUAACAGAAAUAUUGUGACAUUUUAAGUGAAAGAGGGCAUGGAUUUGAAAAAAAAGUUAUCAUCUAAAAUUUUAAAUCAUUAAUAAAAUUGAGAUAAAUUAAAGUAUCUUUUAUUUCAAUUAAAAUAGAGAAACUUUAAGACUAAUCCAAUAACUCCAAAAAGUAUUAUAGGAUCAUCAUUAUUAUUUAAAUCUGCUUAUAAAUGA